AUGCACUUCCACGGGCACGUGCAGUUCGAGGAGUCGGACAUGUUGCAUCAUCGGCUCGAGCUGCGCAUACUUCCGGCAGCAGCACAACCACCACCACCACCACCACCACCACAUGAUGAUGGCGGUGGUAGUGGAGCACCGACAAGUAAUGUUGACGACGACGGCUGGCUCUUCUCCGCCGCGGACACGCUCGAGGCCGACGACAUAUUCGACGUGCGGCUGCCGCGGCCUACGCAGGUUACCCACACGGGCUGUCGCAGCGGCCAGUCAGUCAACAAGGAUGCGGACGACCACCUCGGCCUGACGACGGCGCUUCAUUACGCCGGGGCGAGCUCCGUGCUGUUUACCCUGUGGAAGAUUGAUACCGAGGAUGGCCUGAAAUUUUCGAAGGCCUUUUACAGAGAAUUCCGGCGCGAGGCUGGCGAUGGAGUGAAGAGAAGGGCGGCAACGAGACGGGGAGGGUUGUGA